GAAGCGAAUUUAUUAUGUUCGCAAAAUCUCCGACGAACUCCAAUUUUCGUCCAAGGUUAAUGUUUGUCGCCUGUUUUUAACGAUUUGCAGGGCCGUAGUUUUGGGAGUCCUCCUCGGCGUCAUCCACUUCGAUCUAUCGCAGCAAUGCAUCCGUCUCCUGUGGGAAUUCAUCAUCGGUUAUUUGGUCCUACUCGGCCUCGCAAUGAUCAACGAGUUGGCUAUUGCCGUCGUGGCCUUGCGCGGAAGUAUAUUGGACACAGGUCCCAGGGCGUCGAUGCAAUACAUUUUGUAUAUUCGAGUUGGGCUUUUGGUCGUGGAGACCGGAUGGCUCAUUGCGGGCGUCGUUUGGUUGACGAACUUUUAUCCGGAUUGUCCAAUCGAUAAGGCUAAGCAAGCCGUCCUAGGUUUGAUUGUCUGCAACUGGUGCAUAUUAGUUUCAAUAAUUGUCACCGUGUGGUGUGUGUACGAUGCCGCUGGUAGGUCGUGGGUGAAGAUGAAGAAAUAUCAGAGAUCGAUGAGGCAAUCGGAAUCUAAGUUCCAAUACAAACGAUCGGGAAGCACGAGGAAUUGGAGGCAACGAAAGGUUCUCAGAGCGUACCAGGAUCGUUGGCAGCAGCGCUGCAGAUUCCUCUUCUGCUGCAUGCGACCAUCUGAUAGGAAUCGCAACAGCUUUGCAGACAUAGCUCGAUUACUCUCUGACUUCUUCAGGGAUUUGGACGUGGUACCGUCCGACGUCGUCGCCGGUUUGGUGCUCCUAAGGAAGUUCCAGAAAAUUGAACGGAAAGCCAUCGUCGAACAACGCAAGAACGAUACCUACGAAUUUCUUUCAGGAGUGGCGGUCACCCCGCGCACUCAAUUUCUCUCGCUGCACGAGGGUCAGGAUCUCGAGCUCUUCCAGACGGUCAUCCAUUACGCCCAUUUCGCCGUCCGCGCUUACGGAUGGCCCAUAUACAUUAUGACCCAGAAUAUGGGUGUAUGCCAAAUAUGCACGAACCUCAGGUGCUGCUGCUUCCCGUGCCAAAAGAGCUACAGCGCGGAAAUCGUUGACGACAACUGCUGCAAGUGCAACUUCGCUGCGCUGCAGAAGCUCUCGGAAAUCGGCAAUAUCGAGAUCAUCUACGCCACGUACCACGUGGACGUUGGGGAGACGCCGUUUUUCGUUGCCUUGGAUUACGACCGAAGGAAAAUCGUUAUCAGUAUUCGAGGAACGUUGAGCAUGCAGGAUAUACUAACCGAUUUGAAUGCUGAGGGCGAGACGCUUCCCGUUACUCCUACUCAGGAGGAAUGGGUAGGUCACAAGGGGAUGGUGCAAGCAGCUCAGUAUAUUUUCGAAAAACUCAAGGCGGAGAACUUGUUGGAUCGAGCUUUUCACUUCGCUCCUGAACAAGGGACCAUGGACUUUCAAAUAGUCUGCGUUGGGCACUCUCUCGGCGCCGGUACUGCUUGCAUUCUUGGUAUUCUGUUAAAACAAGAACAUCCGGAUUUAUUAUCGUAUUGCUAUUCACCACCAGGAGGAUUAUUAAGUAUGCCAGCUGUAGAAUACACCAAAUCUUUCACAAUUUCGGUUGUCAUGGGGAAGGACGUGGUGCCUAGGAUAGGUUUACACCAGAUGGAGGCUUUGAGGGCGGACCUAAUUAACGCCAUCCAAAGGAGUGUAGAUCCAAAGUGGAAAACGAUAACGUGCAGCGUUCUGUGCUGCGGCUGUGCCCCAGAACCAACGUCCGCAGUUGAGAUGUCCACCGGAGACACCACCGUAACAGAAUACAUGAAGGCCAAGGACAAAGCUCGAUGCAGAGGAGUACACCCGGUGGACAGUUCAAUAGCUCUGACCUCUCAUCAACCUCUCUAUCCGCCUGGAAGGAUAAUUCACGUGGUCAGGCAUCACCCGACCAGAGGAGAACAAAAGUAUGAGAAAGGGUGGAGGCAGGCGCUGACGAAGAACGAACCCGUUUAUCAGGCCUUGUGGGCCCAGAACACCGACUUCGAUGAGGUGCUCAUCUCUCCGGUAAUGAUCCAGGAUCAUAUGCCCGACAAAGUAUUGGACGCGCUGAACAAGGUUAUAACAACUUUGGGUCCGAGGAAGCCCCAACGCAUACCGACAGUUGGGCCUUCCCGAAACUGGAACGACUACGAAAUCCUCUCCAGUCCGCCACAUCGAGUACACCUCGAGACUUCUUUUACAUCUCUACAAAGUCCGAGCAACGCUUCCUCAAUCACCAACGGCUUUUAUUCUACAAGAAGCGAACCCACGCCGAGUCCCAUCACCAUCAACUUCCUGGGAAAGAAGACGAGAAGCCACCAGGACAUUCAGGUUCACGUCCAGAUCGACCGUCCUCUGAAAUCGCUUAGUUUGAAUCUGAGGAGGUCGCCUUCGGAUGCGAUGACGAAGAUCGAUCUAAUUCACGACGAUUGGUUCGGAUUGGCUCCACUGGCGAGUCCGGAGAGUCUUUCGGAGCUGUCGAGCAUCAGCUCGAGGGCCAGCUUCACCACCAAUUUGGAUAAGAUACAAAUCUUAGGCGGAUCCUACGAGCUGAAGACGCCGAAGGUUAUGCGGAGAACACCAAAGAUUAAUAACAAUUUAAGUACAGCAGCGGAUGACAUCAAGAACGUGAGGUAUUACCAGAAACUGGGGCAACUGUCCAAACAUCUGAGGAGGCCUUCGCAGAACGGCAGCACCACGAAUUCCAGCAGCAAUUUGAGCUUCGAAUCUGCAAAUUGCUGCUCCAACGAUGAGACCAAAGACACGAAGAGCGACGACUUCCAAUCGGUUGAAGAUAUUUUGGAUAGCGUCAUGCGGACAGCCGGAUGCGCCGAUUACUUCAAUUCCAAAAGCACCCUUCUCGAAACACACUUCGAUGAGAGCAUGCUUCCUGCGAUCAAAUCAAAUCUUCAAUCCCCGUGCACUCCGGUCAAUGAUCCAGAUAUAAUAUCCAAUUUUGCCAUAGAUUUGAACCUUGAUUCAGAGCACAGAUCCGUAACAUACAGCCAAAUAAACGAUCCGGACGCAAAAGCGAGCAGCGUAGAUUCCGGCAGCAUCUGCAGGACUCCCUCGGAUGUCAAAAAUGUCACGUUCAAUCCGCAGGUGAUCAAAAUCGAAGAAAGUAUGAACAGCCCUCGGAAACGCAAGUGGAACUUCAUGCCAUCUAGAUACAAAAGUGCUAAAGUUAAGGAGACACCGAUCGCACCGAAAGCUGACUACAUUCCAAAGACAAUACUCUCCACGAAGAGGAGAAACAGCAGUGAAGAGUUUUUCUCAAGGACAGAAGCGCUUCCUUUAUUAGCAGGUUUAAGUGCAAACAGUGAACGUACCUCGCCGAACUUCGUGCGCAGGAAAAAGUACGUCUAUCCUGCGGUCACGUUCCUCUCAAAAGGUGAAAGUAGCGUUUAAUAAUCCUCAAUUAAUGGGUGUGUUUACAGAUGAACCAAAACAAAUAAUAAGAAUACACAAGAAUACGAGCAUAAUAAACAUUUUGUUCCGUCCGUUUCGUUUCACGUUUCAAUUCUGGCUGAAGUCAAUUUUCUUUUACCCCGAAAAAUAUACUUCAACUAUAAACACUACCCAACCUUAGUAGA